GGGUAUUUCAGCCGUUUUCACGAAUUCAGGUACGGUUCCGUAUCUAAUUUUUAUAUACAAAAUUUGUGUCACUAUAAAUACAAGUUCAUCGUCCCUAAACCAGACAUGGGGUAUUUUAGCCGUUUUCACGAAUUCAGGUACGGUUCCGUAUCUAAUUUUUAUUACUCGAUGAUUUGACAUGAUAGUUCUUGAGAAAGACGGUGGUCUGCAUCUCUUAAAGUUUUGAUUCCAACAUCAUUUUCUUUUAAGUAACUUUUUUAGCUUUUUAAAUUUAGUCCAAAACAAGUUAUUUUUGUAAAGAAAUCAAGAAGGUAUUAAUUACGUGCUUGCUUUUUAAAUUUGAUCCAAAAUAAGUGAUUUUUCACGAAAUCAAGAAGAUAUUAAUUGUUUUUCCUUCACUAUUACCAUUGUCUAAUAAAUGAUUGAAGAAACCUUUUACAAUUCUUCUUGAGUAAAUUUGAGAAAAAUGAAAGUUAAUAUAGCCAGUACCAUUCUUAAUUAAAGUUUAAAAGUAGCUUUCUUAAUAGAUGUGCAAGAGGCUAAGGCCUCAUUUGUUAAUAUAUUAUUAAAAUUAAGAUUUGGAUUUCUAUUUCGUUUUCACUAAGAUGAAGACGUCAGAAUACGAGUGAUUAAGAUGUUGUCUCUAGAUCUGAAUACUGAAUGAUUAAGACUGUUUGUUUUUCAACAUCUGAAUGUGUAUAAUAUAUUUAUUUACCCAUAAUAAAUAUUCCAUUAAUAAAAAAGUAACUAAAUAUUAGAAAAUAAAUAUAAAUCUAAUAAAUUAUUAUUUGAUAAAAAAUGAAAUGUUUAUGUAUGAUGGAGAUGCUUUGUAGUGAUGGUGGUGGUUAUAGUUGUGAUGGUGGAGGUAGUUAAUGGUGGUAGGGUAAGGGGUGGAGAGAGGGUGGGGGAGGGUCGGUGGUGGGUUGGGGCACAAUAAUGCUUAUGAGACUCUCGAUUCUUCGAUCUAUUUUCUUUUGCUAUUGUCUACGAAUCCACUUACUUUCUAACUUCAGCCUCCAUUUGACAGAUGUUUUCUCUUUUCUUAUUUUGAUUGUGGGACCUAAAUAGGAUCGUUGGGGUGAGGUUGGAGGGGGUGAGGUAGUGUUUGGAGAGUGGGGGUGAUGACGACGAAAGUGGUUGGUGGUUGAUGACAAUGGUAGUGUAAGCUGUAAUGGCAAAAGUGGUUAGCGAAUAUGGGGUGGGGUUAGUGGGUGGGGCUUGGAGAGUGGGUGGGUAGGGAUAAGUAAGUGGGGUGGUGGUGGGAUGGGGCUUGGGAAGGUGCUGGGUGGGGUGGGUAGAGCUGGGAGUGUGGGAAUAGGGGUUGAGCUAGUAGUUGUGGAUAGAGUGGAGCUGUUUGUUUUCAUUAUUUUUAAAAUUACGUGGUAUGGCGUUGUAAACCCGUACAUACCAUAAAAAAUCUAAUUUUUGUAACCACAGAUUUGAUAGUUUCUACGUGGCUACAUAUUUCAUUUCCCAAUUAUACACCCACCCACCCAUCUCCAUCACACCCAAACCCACCCCCACCGUCCUCCACCCACCGCACCCCCACCGUCCUCCACCCACCGCACCCCCACCGUCCUCCACCCACCGCACCCCCAUAACCACCCCACCCCAACAUCUCACCCCCACCCUUCACCACCCACUCAAUGAGCACCCCACCCACUACCUACUUAUUUUUUAAAGUUUCCAAUUUAUCCUAUAUAUAUAUAGAGAGAGAGAGAGAGAGACAGAGAGAGAGAGUGUGUAUGUGUAGUAUUUUAGCAAACUUGCAUGUUAAAUACAGUACCAUACAGUCAAACCAAAUAAUAAAAAUAUUAUUAAAACAUAACAAAUGAUACAGCCUAUCAAAACAUGAUAUUCAUUAAUACAGUAUAAUACAAUACAAUACUGUACAUUAUGAAACCAAUGGGUAAGGACCAUCCAAAUAUAGUGUAAUGAUAUUAAAGCUUUAUUACAUAUUUUAUUCAUUUAGGUCUAUUCAUACCCAAAAAAAUCCAAAAACCAGAGAAAUGAAACGGUAAAAAAUAACAUUAGGAAAAGGAAACAAAUCAUUUCCAUACCGACUAAGUAGUAAGUACCUGUUUGACGGAAGAAAAAAAAAAGUAGUAUUAGUAAGUACUAGCCAAGUAAUUCAAAUUUUACCUCCAAUUUAGGCCUCUGUCACUUCUUCUAUACUGCCACGUCACUUCUUUACUUUCAAAAUUCUUUUCGGUGAAAAAUAAACUAAUUAUAAUUUCCACCGAGCAGUCCACUUUUAGUUCUCUCAGCUUCUCUCAAAUGGCGAUCUCAUCUCUAAAUUCCUCCGAGAAAAGCCCUCUUUCUUCCUCAAAGAAAAAGGCACUGGAAAUCAAGAAUAAGCCGCUCAAGAAAAGAGCUUUGGGUCCUAGUAAAACAAAGGUGGAAAAUGGAGAUAAAAAGAAGGUUCAAUUACGCACCGAAAAGAAGUCACAGAAACAAAGCUACAUUGAAGCAAACUCAUCAGCCAUGGCACGAGCUGAAGAAGUUAAAGCAAAUUUGCCUACACAAUUUCCUAAUUUUAUCAAGAAUAUGAACCCUUCACAUGUCAGUGGGGGAUUUUGGUUGGGUUUGCCAAAGAGAUUUUGUGAUGACCAUUUGCCAAAACAUGACAACACUGUUAUUUUGGUGGAUGAAAAUGAAGAAGAAUCUGCUACCAAGUACCUUGCUGUUAAGAAUGGAUUGAGUGGGGGUUGGAGAGGAUUCUCCAUUGCUCACAGCCUUCUUGAAGGGGAUGUCUUAGUCUUCCAAUUGAUUCAACCCUGCAAAUUUAAGGUAUACAUAGUAAGAGAAAAUAGCUUGACGGAAAUUGAUGGUGCUAUCAGUCUCCUAUAUCUGGAUUUUCAUGCUAGACCACUCAAAUCUGAUCAAGAUGAAGUGAUGAAAAUUUGUGAAGCAAAAGAGGAGAAAUACUUGGAGCCUUCUACACAAGAUAUUCAUCAAGAUGACAAACAAGAAGAAGCCAUGUUGUUACCAAACUCGGACCACGGCCCUGUAACAGAUCAAUGUGGGAAUGACAGCGAUAAUGCCUCUGAAGUUUUAGAAGGAAUUAGAUUUUCAGAAUCAAGAAUUGAAUUCAAAGAUGUGAAGGACUAUUCUGGCUUCAACAUUCUCGUCGAUGGCCUGAUCAUCGACUCUGAGGUUCCUGCACACAUUCGGACCAAAUACUAUGAUCUUUGCAGCACCCAAAAUUCAUUUCUCCAUGACCAUUUACUUGGUGGCCUAAAUGUCAAGCUAGCUGCUGGAAUGAUUACUGAAACUGUGAACAUUGCUGAUGCCAUUAGAGCUUCCAAGAUUUCGACCCCUCGCGAAUAUCUUGAUACUUGGGACAAUACAUUGAAAGGGUUCGAGUGUUUAGGCAUGGGAGUUGGAUUUUUACGUGCAAGGCUUAGUAAGCUCGUUAGCUUGUCGUGUGAAUUGAAAAACAUUCUUGCAUCAAAGAAAGUUGAGCUAGCUGAAGCAAAAGAGGAAAUGAGGAAUCUUGAAGAAAAGGUUUUGAAAGUGAAACAGGUGAUAAAGAAUCUAGAUUCUGAUACUGAGGCUUUAACAAAGAAAGAUGCAAAUUUUGAGCUCAAUUUCAAGAAACUGGCAGCUGCUCCAUGGUAAAGAUAUCUUUCUCAAAAAAAUGGUCCUGAUUAAUAUUAGUGUAUAAUUAGUUUGUGAAGAAGCCCUUUUAGGUUCUUUAAAUUAAAGAUGGGUUUCUGCUAUUUUUGGCGAGGUUUAAGCAGUCCAUCAUAUCCUUUGUCUAGUGUAAUUGGUUAAAUUUUUGUAAAUUGCUGACAAGUACGAAGAUAAAUACUUAUUUGUACUGGAUGUUUAUUAGUUUGGAGUCUGACCAGUUGGAACUAGUCAAGAAGUCUUACAAGUGUAUAACAUUUCUAUUUUUCAUGUCA